AUGGCGACCUCUCAGAUCUCCCUUACGGAGGAUCUUGGUCCGAAAUCUCUCGUCAUGUUCGACGAUUUGGUUUCCAGAGGGAAGCUGUUCUUCAGCGAAUCCCGGAGCGAAGUUGUGCAUCACAAAGGCUUUCAGUUCGAGUUCCGCAUCAGUCCAGCCCUGCAAAAGAAGCCAUACUUGGAACGAGAUGACCCUAACCGUUCCAUGGAAAAGGGUCCGUUCCUCAAUCCAGAUCCCGACUUUAUUGUUACGCAAGUUGGGCCUCGUCAUGCGCUGAAACUCAAUCUCUGUUGCAUGUAUCGGCCGGCGUUCGUCCUCUAUACCCGAGUCUUUGAGCCCCAGACGCAAGACCUCAGCUUGUUCGACGUUGAAGCCGCCCGGGCUGUGAUGGCUGCGCUCAAGCCAACUCUGGGGCCGCAAUUGAUGAUCUUUAACUGCGGAGUCGAUGCCGGAUCGUCUCAGGGACAUAAGCACAUGCAAAUCUUUCCCCAGCCAACUCACUUACGCUUGUAUCCUCAGAACGCGGUUUCUGAAAGCGAGAACCCGUCGAGUAACUCCGAGAUCAGAUAG